AUGAUAAGAAUGAUCUCUAAUCAGGAGAAUGUAUUAGAAGAUGAUAUUGUAUUAUUAAGCUCGUCAUCGUUUGACAAAGAGAGCCAUCAUAUAAUUCUUAGUGAUAGUAGAAUUCGUUUCUUUAAUACUCAUUCAUUAUAUCCAUUUGUCAAAGAAAUUCUCCGCUUUAUUUUAAUACGUACUCUCAAACAUAAGUGUGUUUAUAAUCGAAAUUUCAAUGAUAAACAAGUGGAUAACAAACAUGAUUUAUUAGAAUUAAUCGACCUAUUCGCAUGUAUUCGAUUACAAUGGUUUGGUUGUCUCGAAUGUAAAUUAGAAUAUAUCGAACUUAGUGUUGCAGAUGUUUGUAAUUUAUUCGCUUAUAACAUGAAUGAAAACCUUAUAUCAUGCAUUGACUUGAAAGUUUAUAAUGCUGAACAAGAUUUUCGAAUGUUUAUGUGUACAAAAGCAGGAGAAAGUCGACCUUUAGUGGAGAAUUCGAUAUUGAGAAAUGAGAUUGAAGUGGAAUCUCGUGGCAGCGAAAAUAAAAAGAAUAUUGAGACUAGUUCUGAUCCAGAACAUACAACCCGUUCAACAACCAGGCAGGAAGACAAACUUUUCGAUCAAAUUGAAAAUAUAAUUUGCGAUUAUAUGCUCGAUCCAGACCAUCCUUACCUUUACUGCCGACUUCUACGAUGGUUUCGACACAACGACAAAAAUCAAUUCUACAUAAAAUUCGUUGUAAUCAGCCCACUACACUCUGAACAAAAACCAUAA